CAUUUAUUUAUUUACACUUUAAAUAAUCUAUAAAUGAUAUACAUUGAGAUCAUGAAAAUACAAUUUCAAACACUUUACUUAAUUUAAAUUCUACAAUGAACAUAAGUUUAAGUACUUUACUUAAUUUAAAUUCUACAAUGAACAUAAGUUUAAUUUUGUGCAUAAGUCAAAUUUUAUUUUUUUAAAAAAUUAUAGUAAUAUUAAAGCAAUAUUUAUUUUAUAAUAUUUUAUUUAAGAAAAAAAUAAAAUAUACAUAUAUAUAUUUAUAUUUUUAUAAAAAAAAAAAAAAAAACUAUAGUGAAUAGUAGAACUUUCAGCCAAUCUAUUUUUGUUUUUUUUGACAUUUUAUUUUUUUGACUAAACUUGUUUUUCAAUCUCGUGGGACUAUAUUGAUAUUUUUUUUUCCCUAAUUUAGCAUUUGCUUUUUAUUUCUUAAAUAUAUAAUUAUUAGUUUUGUAAUGUGUGUCUUUAUUUUUUAAAUAACUUUUAUUUGAUUUUUUAUUAUUUAUUUUUUAAAAAAAAUUAAUUUAAAUCACGUUGAAUGUCCCAAUAAGAUUAUGAAAUGUUUUUUCAAUCAAACUAUUACUUAAUAUUUUUAUUAAAAAAUAAAAUUAAAAUGGAAGAAAACUCAUGAAAAUCAAAUGUAAAAUAUACUAAAAAUAAAGAAAUAUAAAUAUAUUUUUUAAAAUAAAUAACAAUUUUAGAUAGCUGAGCAGGGGAAGGAUGGCGGCGGCAGCUCCGUCCGGUUGACCUGCCAAGAAACGAUUGCAAGAGGCAGCCACCAGCGUCGAGCUGUCCUCUUCUCCCACUGACGCAUUUCCACCAGCUCACAUCCAUUAUUAUUCUUAUUAUUUUAUUGUCUUCCUAAUAAUAUUAUAAUAUAAUAUUUCCCCGUCCUUUAUAAUCAAAUCAAAUCCCCUCCUCCCCCCUCUCGUCCACACUUCACUUCCCAUGGAGAAAGCCGAGCCUUCGACGGCGGUGAAGGACGCAGAUGAAACCCCGAGGACCCACCACUCGCCCAUCCCGCGGGGUCUGACUCAGGACGAGUUCAACGAGUUCACCCAGUUCAUUUCCGAGUUCCAUACGUACCGGGUCGGCCCCCGUCAAUGCUCGUCCCUCCUCUCGCAGCGCGUCCACGCACCCGCCGACGUCGUUUGGUCGGUCGUCCGACGUUUCGACAGGCCCCAGACGUACAAGCAUUUCAUCAAGAGCUGCGCCGUCCGGGAAGACUUUGAAAUGACGGCGGGGUGUCGUCGGGAAGUGAACGUCAUCUCCGGGUUGCCGGCGGCCACCAGCGUCGAGAGGCUCGACAUGCUCGACGACGGGCGGCGCGUGACCGGGUUCAGCAUCAUCGGGGGCGAGCACCGGCUGAGGAACUACCGGUCGGUCACGUCAGUGCACGAGCGCAGGCACGACGGGAAGAUCUGGACUGUCGUUUUGGAAUCGUACGUGGUGGACGUGCCUGAGGGGAAUACGGAGGAGGACACGCGGCUGUUCGCGGAUACGGUGGUGGGGUUGAACCUGCAGAAGCUGGCGUCGGUAACUGAGGGUUUGACCCGUGACGGCGACGAUACACCGCUGGCGAUGUGAUUAAAUCGUCAGGAUAAAGGGAGGAGGGGGGGUGGGGAGCAAAGGUUUUUCUUUAUAUUUCAGUUUCGUCUUACAUGGGGAUUUUUUUAAACUGUUUUUUGGGUUUUUUUUGUUGAAUUACCGAAACAGCCUUUGCUACAAGUGAAGCGACUGGGAUGCCGUGGGGUUUAUUGUGAUUUUUGGUACUUGGUAAGGGCAUUGCGGUCAAAAGUCCGUCUACAGAAAUGUUGAGCUAAUUUUGUUAAUGUUUUGCUAUUUACGUGAAAAUUGUCGUAUCUUCAUUUUCA